AUGGUCCAAUACUCCGGCAUUCACGGUUCACAUAGUCCCAAGAAACAAAGUUGCUCCUUAAAAAUCCUCUUCUUGAUGUUAGGAUCGAUGAUAGGGUCCUUUUUCUGCAUCAUAAAGCAUUCUUUGCUACUCACGAGGCCCAAAACAAUAACGCAGGUGGCUACACCUACGAACGAGUUGUCAUUCGCAAGUUUCCCUCGACUUCCCUUAGAGCUCCGCAACAAAAUAUGGCAAUUAGCUUUCGAAGGACGAACCGUCACUCUACAUGUUCAUACUUUCAAUCAAUCUUGCUACUUUCGAUCUUUCAUCCCAAGAGGAAUCAAGAUCACUCUCGAUUUUGUACAAGCAAACAUGCCAAAAACUCUGUGGGUAAAUCUUGAAAGUCGGAAGGUAACUCUUUCUCAAUAUAAAGAUUUAAUCCAGAAUCCGGCGCUAUUUCGCGAUCCAGUAUACUUCAAUUCGGAACUCGACACAAUGGCUCUGGAAGUAUACUUUCCAACACGACCAGGGAAAGGUUGCAGUUGGGUCCGUCAGAAAGGUGCUCGCAAUCACCAAAAGAUCUCUCUCGAUCUGAAGGACUUAGCAGAAUGCGCACCGAAUAUUCUAAAAAUGGUUAAAUCUCUCUAUCUUCCUAUGAUCAUGCUCGAGGAGGAGCCUGCUGCCACUUACAGAGGUAUCUUACCCACAUGCUGGAACGGCAUGGUACAAUUCCAUUCAUUAGAAUUGGUUACAAUCACUGGAAUAGAAAGCGACUUCCAACACGGCAUGCCAGUAGCUUUUGCGAAAAGCGCUGCAAGGUACUUCCAGUCUUCUUUCGAGAAAGAAAAGUGCCGAUUCCCUGACUGCCAUAUACCAAGAUUAGAUAUGUUCCCACAAGACGAGGAUAACGAGAAAGCGAUGGGUUCAAACGAUUACUUUCAAUUUGCAGGAGAUGAUCGCUUUGAGGAUGAUGUAGCUGGAGAAUCGUGGACUCUAUGGUUUCAGGAAGUAGAAAAUUCAUUUGUGGUCAAUGGCGGCAAGGAACGAUACGAUGGUGGAUUUGUUCAAGAAAGUAUUCAAGAUAUUGAUGCGAUCAAGAAUGACGAAAAGAGAUGGAAUCACACCAGCGAAAUUCUUGGGGCAACAAAUGAUGAUGUCACCGUGGCGAGCAAGUUUAAUAGUUCGAGAUGGUCGAUCGAGGGAGGUUGA